AACGGAGAGCUUCAUUUCUGAAACAGAUGACACAACUUGAAUCUUGAGAAGCUGUUGUUCACAAGCAGUUCCAUCUUAAGUUGUAUCUCAUAGUCGUCUUAGAAGAACUUGUUCAUGUGUUGGAAUUAUUUUGGUAUAUGUAGAUUUCAUAAGACCAUAUAUUAUCAGCUUCAUGCCGACUGUGUUCUUAACUCUUUAAUAGCUGAAAUUUCAGGACUAUGCAUGUCAGGAGUCCUGAGGAGGAGGUUUAUCAGGACGUAAAAUACUGACUUAUGAGAGGUCCAACUUGUGCGCCUCAUAUCAGAAGCACAGCUGCAGACGGAAGUUAGGAAUUCGGACUUUUGUGAAUUUGCCUAAUUUAAUUUUACUUACAACUGCAACUUCUUACUCAUAAGGUCGAAUUGUUACCUAACAGACACAUUUAAAAACACAAAAAAACUGACCUAUAGUACAAUAGUAUGUUCAAAUGUAUUUAGUAUAUUGUCUGCUGUAUAACGAAUUGAAGUGAUCGAAAUUAAGGCAAAUUCCCAUUCAAGUCAAGGUUGUUUCCAUUAAAGUAAAGUAAAUCUCUAUAUUAGGGUAUUUAAAGUGUCCAACAUACCUUGAGAUUAUCCUAAAAAUGCUAGAAAUCGGUGUAUUUAUUAACUUGUAUCUGGUAAGCCUGUGCAUAGAAGCCAAACUCAGUAUUGUUACCCGUACCUGCUCAGUUGCCGUCCUGACCAGUGGGGGCGCUGUGGACAUAUUGAGCGUGUUCUCUAAACCGUCAGCCAUCUGCCGCAGUCCGUUAACGCUAGCUUAGAUCCAGCGGGAAUGGAAAAUGGAGGACUGACCGAAGAGCGAGGGCAUAUCAUCGGUAUUUCUAGCAUGUAGAUCCGUUCACCUUGUACCAAGACCGAUGAUUACUGGUGCACGGCCUUUGUUUUGUUUGAAAAACAGCUCUGUUACUCAUCACUGCUGAACCACAGACUAUCUGUUUGAAAGUAGUGAUUGACUCCAUCAUCUAUGGAGGAGAAUGCAAGCACUGAGCUCUCUCUAGGUCCUGAGCCAGAGCAGAGCCAGGACCCUAUGGAUACCUGCUCUCAAGGGUUUGGAGACAGGGAUACAGAGCCGAUUCCAACAGAAAGCGAGAAUGUGGCCAAAGAGACAUUAGAGGAGCCAGAUAAUAAAUCCUCCAAAGCCAACAGUGAAGUAAAGAAGACUUGGUCUUUCCGACAGUCCACUGUGGCAAAGCGAGAGAUGCCUGUGGAGGCAGCAACCGACAGCCAUGAUAACCGCUGUCCCGUACGCCGCAGUGGCAGGCAGCCGAAGCGCACCGACAAACUAGAGGAAUUCCUCUCGACGGCCAAAAGAGGGCAAAGAAGGAGCGCCCCUCCUAGUCUGGAGAGCGGAGAUCCUCCUUCUCAAACACCAACUGAUGCAGAGACCGCCUCGGAGGCCAGCUUUGAUGGUAACGCCGACACCAAGGCACUAGACGACAAGGUGGAGUCCCCAGAGAGGAGGACCAGAAGUGGCGCAAGGAAGCAGGUCCAAAGGAAAAGUCGACGCGGCCGACAGACCCGAGGAGGAGGAGGUGGUGGAGUGACGGUCAAAAAUGAGGGGAGCUCCGAGAAUGAGGACAGCAGAGACGAUGCUAAGAAAGACCAGUUAAUGGAUAAAGACGAGGAGAAAAAAGACGAAGAGACUUCUCCCGGUCCAGAAUAUUUAGGGAGCACGACUGCAGAACCGCCUCAGCCAGAGCAGGACUCUGAGAGGAAAGAGGACGUGGAGGAGAAGAACGAACAUGCAGAUGAAAAUGACAAAGUGGAGACCGAGGAGGAGACCGACGAUGAGACUGACGAGGAGAGCACAGACAAGCCUGCAGCAGUGUUGGUCAAACGUGGACCAAUAAGAACAUACAUCAAUAAAAAGAGGGUGGCCAAUAAGAGCACUGCCCCCGUUAAAGGUCCUGCUGCUGCUGCUGCUGCUGCUGCUGCUGCUGCUGCUGUUGUCGCCGCUCCUGUCAAGAGGGAGGCCAAAGCUACCCAAGCUGCUGGAAUGACACAAGAAGACAAUGAUGAUGAAAAUGACUCCUCAACAUCUUCCUCCUCCUCAUCGUCGUCAUCAUCAUCCAUUGAUUCAGACGAGGGAGGUUACGACCCCAAUGCCCUUUACUGCAUCUGUCGCCAGAAACACAACAAAAGGUUCAUGAUCUGUUGUGACCGGUGCGAGGAGUGGUUCCACGGAGACUGUGUGGGCAUCACGGAGGCUCGCGGGCGCCUCAUGGAGAGAAAUGGCGAAGACUACAUCUGCCCUAAUUGCACCGCCAAGAAGAACCAGGUGGUGAGACCCGCCACAACCAUCCUCUCUGCAUGUACAGACAUCGGGAAGACCAAAGCAACGACUCUCGCUUUUUCUGCCGAGAAAACUAACCCCAACGGGGCAGACGUCGGUCUGUUGGCUGCUCAGGCUGUGGCGGCCCCCUCCACUCCUGGAGCUGAAGAGAAGGCAACAGAGGACAUGGGCAUCAAAGGCCGGAUAGAGAAAGCUACCAAUCCAACCGGGAAGAAGAAGAUAAAGAUCUUUCAGCCGGCCCUACAGCAGCCAGCCCAACCAAAAGCGGACCAGAAAGCGGCACCGACCGUGGAAAAGAAGGCGGCGACCACAGCAGAACCGAAAGCACUGCCGGACACGGAGGAGAAAGUGGCGUCGAACGUGGAGGUGAAAACCACGCCGACGGCGGAGGCGCUGAAGGCCAACGAGGACUCCCCCCUCCCCAAAUGUAUCGGGCCCGGCUGUGAGAACAACGCCCAGCCGGACUCCGUCUACUGCGGCAGUGGCUGCAUCCUGAGACACGCUGCGGCGGCCAUGAAGUCCAUUACCGACGUCAAAGAGCCCAAUCAGAAGGACAAGGCUCAGAAAACCAAGUCCGCACCAAAGAGGAACGUCGGUGGUGGGAGGAAGCUGCAGAAGAAAGCCCAGGAGGAGUUGGAGAGCGAGGAAGACCACAGUGCUGAUGACGAGGGGGAUGAUGAUGACGACGAGGAGGAGGAGGAGGAGGAGGAGGAUGAUGAUGAUGACGAGGACGACGAGGACGGCGAAGAUGAGCACGCUGAGGAACACCCGCCCCCGCCGGCCACUGCAUCCUGGUCCAGCGACCAUAAUUACAUUGCAGUAACACCAGAAAAGACUACACCCAUAUCACCAACAGUGUUAAACAAAAAGUCCCCCCCUAAAGAAGAGAAGCCGAGUGAGAAGGAGCAGAAAGAGAAGGAUCCAGCCCCGGCUCCUGAGAAUCCUCCACCAGCAUCCGCAGCACCAGUCAAAGGAAACAAGAAGUCCCCGACUGCUAAAGCAGCCAAGGUUCCCCCGAAGGGCAAGAAGCCUUCCCUUCAGACCACCAGCUCGAAGGUGUCCAAGAAACCCGCGACGCCCCCGAGUAAAACUGCAGCGAAGUCCAAGAAACAAGGCCAGACGCCGAUCCAUAAUCCGUCUCGCUACCCUCCUGGUCCGAUCCACGUCACGGGAGCUCUCAGAGUCACCAAGUCCAACUUCACCAUUCCUAAGAAGGCUCCGCAACAAAAGGAGGUUCCAUCCCCCACCAAGGCCUCCCCAUCCACCACCAAGUCCUCCCCAUCCUCCACCAAGGCCUCCCCAUCCUCCAGAGUCCCUCCAACUCCGGUUUCUACCGCUCCCUCCGGCCACUCCUCAUCCUCCAGACCUCCACAUUCGGCCGCUUCAGCACCCCCUGCGUCCCUGAUGCCGCCGCCCCCCAACAACCAGAUGAGGACGAACAUCCGCCGCUCGCUGACAGACAUCAUCUAUAAGAGGGUGAGCGACAGCGACGAUCUGAAGAAGACCGAGGCUGAGGUGGCGAGGCUGUCGGUCGCCAUUGAGAAGGAAAUGUUCAACCUCUGUCUUAACACUGACAGCCGGUACAAGAACAAAUACAGGUCCCUCAUGUUCAACCUGAAAGAUCCCAAAAACAAAGGCUUGUUCUACAGGGUGGUGGGUGGUGAGGUCAGUCCCUUCAGACUGGUGAGACUAAGUGCGGAAGAGUUGCUUUCCAAAGAGAUAUCCGAGUGGAAGAAGCCCGACGCUGCAGAGGCCCAGUCUCCCAGUGCCAGGGCCCAUUCCAAACUGGGCAACAUGGAGGAUGCUCCGCCAACGUCUGAUACGGAUGUAUGUAUCUCUGCCACUACUUCUGCCUCUCGCAUGGCUUCUGCUGCAGACCAAGAUGAGACUUGUGCCACUCCUUCUGCUUCGGCUCAGCCCACUGCCGCGGAGGGGAACAGUGGCAGUGGCAUGCUAGACAUCUUCGGUACCAUGCUCAAAGACACCACUUCUCAACACAGGACCCACCUGUUUGACCUCAACUGUAAAAUAUGCACAGGUCAGAAGACAGAAGAUGAGCCUGCAGCUAAGAAAGCCAGACUGACCAAGAAGCCUGAAACUCGGCCUGCCAGACAAGAGCAGCAUUUGUCGAGGUCGGGGGAUGUCUCUCCUGUGGGCCAUGCUCAGGUCCCCACAGCUCACCAGCACCAAGACCCCUUAGCCUACCCAAUCCCUGCGUCCUACCCGACUAACAUGGAGCCAGCCGUGCCAGAAUCGCAGCAGCAGCAGCUGGAGCUCAACAUGCUGGCACUUCCGGCACAGGCCCCCGCACCCAUCAACCCCACCAUGUCCUCUGUCAGCAUCACCCGCAGAGACCCGCGCAUGGCGAGGCACAGCUCCACUGUGACUGUCAUCUACCCUGCUCCGGAAAAGCCCAUCAACAACUCGGCAGAACUCCUCCCAGCUCCUGUCAUUGCCCUGGUGGAAGUUGCACCCAAGGCGCCGCUGCCGAUGCCCCCAGCUCCACCGCCUUUAGUAGCUGCGUCCAAAACGGCAAAAACAAGUACAUCUGAGCCGCCUCCUGCUGGUGAGACAGCAAUCUUCCUCCACGGUCAAGAGAAGAUUUGGAAAGGAUUAAUCAACAUGCAGUCUGUGGCCAAGUUUGUGACCAAGGCGUAUCUGGUGUCUGGUGCCUUUGAGCACCUGAAGGAGGAUUUGCCGGACACCAUUCAUGUCGGAGGACGGAUAUCUCCAAGCACAGUGUGGGAUUACGUCGGGAAACUCAAAACCUCGCUCUCCAAGGAGCUGUGUCUGAUCCGUUUCCACCCAGCCACAGAGGAAGAGGAGGUGGCCUACGUCUCUCUGUUCUGUUACUUUAGCAGCAGGAAACGGUUCGGUGUGGUGGCGAACAACAACCGUCGUAUCAAAGACCUCUAUCUCAUCCCACUGAGCUCCACGGACCCAUUACCCUCCAAACUCUUACCGUUUGAUGGGCCAGGGCUUGAACCAGCUCGUCCCAACCUCCUCUUGGGGCUGCUGAUCUGCCAGAAGGACAGAAAGCGUUCCGGUGCUCCAUUGGAAAGUGAGGAAAAACGGUCCAAGACUCAAACCAAAGAAGCCGAUGACACUGGUCUUCCAAAGCCAUUUCCUUCAGUCAGAACAGAAAGAAACACACGGCAGAGUAUUGAAAUCCCCCUCAGCACAACUCCUCCCGGGUCACCUCCACCCAACUCCUCUGAGACCUCAAGCAGCAGUGUGGCAACCUCCUCGGUCCUUUCCUUUUUUCCCUCUUUCAAAGCUACAAGUACAUCCACGACCACCGGCAGGGACUCCCCAUCCUCAUCCAGCUCUGUUGCUUCCUCUGCAGCAACUCCUCUUCAGACCAUCCUCAAAACUCUUUUUGGGAAGAAAAAGCAUGACACGGAAGCAUCAAACUCUCCAUCUGACCAGGGUGGUGAACUCUCUGUCCAGAGCACUACAAUGCUAGACCCUAUUGUGCAGCAGUUUGCACAGAUUUCUAAAGAGAAACAGGUGGAGGACGACGAAGAUGACAGACCGUAUGAUCCAGAAGAGGAGUAUGACCCCAGUAGGGGCUACAAUGGGCCUAAGAAGCCCGUUGAGUUAGUAAGCAAACCUGAAAUCUCUAAGCAGUCUGAUAUGGUUACAAAUGAAGGUGAUGAUGUGGCAUAUGACCCAGAGGAUGACUCAAUUUUUGACGAUGUCAAACCGGUAGUACCAGGUCAAGUUCAGGUCGCAACUGAAUCUAUAACUGAUCCACAAAAAAUCUUGGAGAGCCUUAAACAGAUCGGGGAACAGGCAUUCCAGAAACAGGGAGAACAGCCAACGUCUUCUACGGGGACACUUGCUGCCUCAUUGACACUUUCAGACACACUCCUAACUCAAACUACCCAAUCUCUUUUGGCCAAUACUCAGCUCCUGCAGCUUGGCAAAAAGGUUGAGGAACUAGUGAAGUCUUCAUCGGUUUCUCCCUUGAUCAGCCAGAACAGAGAUCCCCGACAGAGCAGGGAUCCUCGCCAGGCUGCGUCCGGCAAGAAACUAACUGAUGAACCUGAGGAUCAAGAGGAGACGCCUGCUCCGUUGGUGGAUUCGACUCCUUUCUUACAAGCUGUGGUUCAGGAACAUCAGCUGUCUAAUGUAACUGAACUCCCAGACUCCUCACAAGGCCCAGAUACAUCCCUGCCUCAUGAGGAAGUUAAAAGUGAGACGUUACCCUUCCUGCAGUCAGAUGAGGCGGAUGUAGCAAUUCCGUUAUUAGGAGAGGAGGUGGAACCUGAUAUGGAGGUCAACUACAUGGAUGACACAGAAGUGAAAUCUGAGGAAGCUGAGCCUAUCAAGAUAGAAACUGAGAUGGACAUGUAUAGUAUUUGGCCGAAUGCUGCCAGUAUUUUAAAAGCUAAUGAAGACUCCGAUUAUGAGGAGAAUAGUCAAGAUGCAUCAACCGCCAGUUAUUAUGAUGAGCCAACAAACACAAUACCUUUGACAAUCCCAGUACUCACUCAGAGCACAGCAAUGGUUGACACUCCCAAAUCGCUAGAGCCUUAUCACAUGCCGCGUCACAUGUCGGCGUCAGUCUAUGACAGCGAGUAUAGACCUCCAGCUGACAUUCCCCCACCAUCCAACUUCCCCCCACACCAUCUGAUGCAGGGACAAAACCUGAUGAUAAGACCUCCUCCGAUGUCUAUGCCUCCACCAAUGCAAGGUCUUCCUCCAAUGUCAGGCCCCCCUCCUAUGCAGGGACCCCCUCCGUCCAUGCAUGUUCCUCCCCUUGUACGUGGUCCUCUCCCCAUGCAGGUUGACAUCAGCCAGCAAUACGGUCCGCCUCCGACUGCAUACGCUCCCUAUCAGAACCAGUGGCCAGGCUCCCAACCACCACCGCAGCAGCCUCCUCCUGGACCACCUCCCCAGAAUAUCAUGCCACUCAGAGGACCACCACCAUUCUCUCCAAUGGCCCAGAGGGGCCCUGCUCCUCAAAUGUUCAACCCCUCCAUUCCCCCACAGCACAUUGGACAGCAAGGCCUCCCUCCAGGCCUUCCACCACCGCCUUUUGAUGGACAGAACAGUUUACCUCCACAAAGAUUCACUGGUCCUCCACCACCAUUUAAUUUCCCUGCAAACAGAGGUCCUGCACUUUUCACGGGGCCACCUCCCAGUCACUUUGAAAACAGACUCCCUCCUCCGUCCCACUUCCCAGGGCCCAGGGGUCCCCCGCCAUCGCAGUACGGUGACCAUGGGGCUCAACCCCCGAUUGUAGACCAACCUCGAGGCCCUGCAGAACACUACAACAGAGACAAUUCUAACUCUUUCAAGCUAAGUGUGGACCAGAAUCCAAACCCUCUCCAUAUUUUUAAAGACAAUCAUGGUCCCCUGCCAGUUCCAGCAUACCGAGGACCUCCAUCUAAUCAGUAUGAGGACAGAAGAGGCCCACCUUCUAGCAGCGAGAUGAGCGGACAGCACUUCAAUCCACAUAACCAAUACGAGAGCUCCAGACCACACUCCUCACCACCACAUCGAGGAUCGUUUGAUGAGCACCGAGGUCCUCUCCCUCCGGAGAAUAGACCCCACCCUUCACAGCGUUUUGGCGGAUCAGAGCGAUACCGCUUAGAUAGGCAUUCUGAUGAGGCUAGACCUGUUCGUCACAGUGGGCCCCUACUGCCAACUCCUCCAGAGGCUCCCAUAGGUCCCCCAAGUCGCAUGGGAGCCCAUAGUCCUGAUAUGCACCGGGACGAACCCUGGCGCCGCCACUCUCCUGAAAUGAGGAGGAGGAGCAGCACCACCCGAGAGGAAUCAGACCCACGCAUCGGAGAUCUCUUCAGUCGCUUUGAAGGAGGGCACAGAGAACCUGCUCCUGGUCCUUCUCAACCCUCUGAAGAGAGACAGAGGGAGCUGUCCGAGGACUGCCGGAGAGAAAGAGAGCGGGAAGUCCCCCACGCCGGGAGGCCAUCAUGGGACAGGGAACAAGGCAAGCGGUGGAGCAGAGAGAGAGAGUGGGAUAGAACCAGAGAAAGGGACCGCGAUCUGGAGCGAAGCCGGGGCAGAGAUCGCGAUCCGGAGCGAAUCCGAGAAAGAGACCGCGAUCCUGAGCGAAUCCGUGAAAGAGACCGCGAUCCUGAGCGUAGCCGAGAAAAAGAGCGCGAUCUUGAGCGUAGCCGAGAAAAAGACCGUGAUCCUGAGCGAAUGCGAGAAAGAGAUCGCGAUCCGGAGCGAACCAGAGAAAGAGAUCCCGAUCCGGAGCGAACCAGAGAAAGAGAUCCCGAUCCGGAGCGAACCAGAGAAAGAGAUCCCGAUCCGGAGCGAACCAGAGAAAGACAUUCCGAUCCGGAGCGAACCAGAGAAAGACAUCCCGAUCCGGAGCGAACCAGAGAAAGACAUCCCGAUCCGGAGCGAACCAGAGAGAGAGAUCGCGAUCCGGAGCGAACCAGAGAGAGAGAUCGCGAUCCGGAGCGUCCUCGAGAAAGAGAUCAAGAUUCGGAGCGUCUUCCAGAAAGAGAUCAUGAUCGUAGCCGGGAGAAAGACCGCGAUCCAGUGCGUGGCCGAGAAAGAGACCGCGAUCAGGAGCGCACCCGAGAAAGAGACCGCGAUCAGGAGCGCACCCGAGAAAGAGACCGCGAUCAGGAGCGCACCCGAGAAAGAGAUCGCGAUCCGGAGCGCACUCGAGAAAGAGAUCGCGAUCCAGAGCGUGGCCAAGAGAGAGACCGCAGCAGAGCGAAGGAGGGCGAGAGGCACCGGGAGACGGAGGGAGAGCGACAUAGGGAUCAAGACACAGAUAAGAGGAGAGACCGGGACAGAGACAGAGUCAGGGAUUCUGACAGGAGGGAUUCUGACCGCGAUAGAGGGAAAAACCGGGAACGGGAACGAGACAGGAGACGGGACAGAUCCCGAAGCAGAGAACGAGACAGGGACAGAGACCGUGGGAAAGACCGGGCCAGAGACAAGGAAAGGGAGAAAGAUAGGGACAAGGACAAAGACAAGGAUCGUCGGGACAAGAGCAGAAGCAGAGAAAAGCGAGAGGAGAAAAAAGACAGUAAAAAUGAUACAACCAGGAAGGGAGAGAAAACUGCAGAAAAUGACAAGAACAUGUCCUAGUCUGUUUUAUGGACACUACAUAAUGGUUUUGAGACACUUCAAUCUAUCACCAGUUGUAUCACUGUAAAUGUAGAUGAGCAGUAUUUCGUUAAAGUUCCACAUUUGUGUUCGUACUAGAAAAAAAACAUUGAUAAUGUUUGUAUUCUUUUUGUCACUUAAAGGUUUCUAACUUCGUUUUAUCACAUUUGAAAAACAAAAAAAAACGAGGGUCAUCUAAGUUGCUUGUCUACUAAAUGUAUUAAGUAGGCUACUGAAUUCUAUUAUGAACCUUUCUCCUGUCCAGGCAGGUUUUUUUUAAGAACAUAAUGUAACCGAGUAACGCACCAUUUGCAAUAUGUAAAUAUGAAUGUAUUUGUGUAUAUACUGAUGUUUUUAAUCAUACUUUUCUAAGUAGAGAAAAUAAAAGCCAUAUAUCUGAGAUGGAUAAUGUGACGGUUAAGGAAACACUGUUUACACACAGAUGUGUGUUUAUAUGUCCAGCAGCAUUGAACUUAAAGGCUCCAACUAUCUACAGUAUACAUCCCAUCUAUGGUUGUUCAUGAAAUGUCCUGAUUUUGUUUGAGCUCGACCAAUUAAACACCGUUGAUGAAAUACGUGCGUCUGUUGUCAUAACAUUUUUAAAAAUGGUAAAAUGUGAAUUUGCUUAGCUUUCACAUCGGGAUUGGAUAGUACAAGUUCUUCGUUUCAUGUCAAAUGCUUUAUGCCAAAAACACCAGGAUGUUCUACUGUAGCCAAUCGCAUUUUGCAGUAUGCAAUCCAGCCUGGUUUUCUGACCCACAAUCCUUUGCACAGCAGAUAUAUGAGCAAGAGGAUUCAAGUUCAAGGUGUAAUGACAAGGUAGUAGGUCCUAAUUAAAUGCAUACUGCGUAAAGCUGCAGUAUGUACAAAAAGAAUGCAACUUGUAACACAGCUCGGAGCAGUUCUUGGUCGUAAGGUGUCACAUGACAUCCAGUUAGACCAAUGGCAAUUGGUCUAGGCUGUUGCAGCGCCGCCAAUAUAAUUAGCUGCUCAGGAGACGUAUAAUAUGUAACCUUACGUCUGAAAGGUGGAGAAACCUGGUGAGGGGAAGACAUAAAUAUUUCUAAAACCAAAUCCUUUAUCAGGAUUAAUACAUGAAAAAAAAAGUUUCUCCCUGCUCCUAAAUCAUCAGGUCACUUUACUGCAGUUAAGCAGAAACACAAGUCCCCCAAACACAGAACUGAUGGUAGAAUCUACCUUCUCUUUCAGGUACUACCAGUACACAACCACUGUUUGACAUUGUUUUUUGCUAUCUGUAUUUCAGUGUUAUGUGAAUCUAAUCCUAGUAAAAUGCAUAAUGCUUCUACUUUAGGAACAAAUGCAAGGGUGA